GGCGGGCGGGAGGGAGGGAGGGUGAGUCGCGGACAGGACGCAGAGAGGCGCCGGGUCAACGCGCCAGGUAGCAACGCCUCAGGACACCCGUCGACGUCGUCCUUGCCGUCGUCCUUGCCGUCGUCCCUGCCGUUGUCCUUGUCGCAGCCUUCGAGGCCGACUUGGCCGUCGUCAUCGUUCGCGGCCAGGACGCGUACGAUUUCACACAAACACUCAUACACACUCUCACUCACUCACUCACUCACACUUACAUAACAAAAAAAACAUACAACACGCGUUACACUAAUAUACAUACAUAUACAUAUACAUGUAAACGCGUGUGAUAGAAACUUACACGACAAUUGGUUAAUAUUAUUUAACACAAAAUACUUAUACAUAUUUAUACACACACACACAUACACAUACAUAAAAAAGAAAAAAGGACUCGCACGCGUUAACGUAGGGAAUCAACGACGAACAUGAGGUCCUUGCACGCAGCCUCCUGGAGCUUCGCCCUUCUCGCGGCCACGGUGGCACUGCUGCCUGCCACUCAUUGGGCACCCUUCGCCCACGCUGCAACCGGCGGCGGUAGUAUGCUGGGGGAUGUCAACAUCUCAGCAAUACUGGACUCCUUUUCUGUUAGUUACGAUAAAAGAGUAAGGCCGAACUACGGAGGUCCUCCCGUCGAGGUGGGCGUCACCAUGUACGUCUUGAGUAUCAGCUCGCUAUCCGAAGUGAAAAUGGACUUUACGUUGGAUUUUUACUUCCGGCAAUUCUGGACGGAUCCACGACUUGCCUUUACGCAACAGAAGGGCGUCGAGACGCUAAGCGUCGGCUCGGAAUUUAUCAAAAAUAUCUGGGUACCGGAUACGUUCUUCGUGAACGAAAAACAAUCAUACUUUCACAUCGCUACCACCAGCAACGAGUUCAUUCGUAUUCACCAUUCCGGAAGCAUCACACGUAGUAUACGUUUAACGAUUACGGCAUCGUGUCCAAUGAACUUACAAUACUUCCCGAUGGAUCGUCAACUAUGUCAUAUCGAGAUCGAGAGCUUCGGAUACACGAUGAGGGACAUCCGAUACAAGUGGAACGAGGGUGCUAACAGCGUCGGUGUCAGCAACGAAGUCUCCCUUCCACAGUUCAAGGUCCUCGGGCACAGGCAGCGAGCUAUGGAGAUUAGUCUUACCACCGGAAAUUACUCGCGGCUGGCCUGCGAGAUCCAGUUCGUACGGUCGAUGGGCUACUACCUGAUCCAGAUCUACAUACCUUCCGGUUUGAUCGUCAUAAUAUCGUGGGUGAGCUUUUGGCUAAACCGAAACGCGACCCCCGCUCGGGUGGCCCUCGGAGUAACCACUGUGCUCACUAUGACGACCCUAAUGUCCUCGACGAACGCGGCUCUACCAAAGAUCUCCUACGUCAAGUCCAUCGACGUCUAUCUGGGCACCUGCUUCGUCAUGGUCUUUGCCUCGUUGCUCGAAUACGCCACGGUGGGUUACAUGGCUAAAAGGAUUCAAAUGCGGAAGAACCGCUUCCAGAAGAUAGCGGAAAGCAUGAAAGCGGCGAGGGAAAAUCCAGGACCACCGGGUGUACCCGGUGAUCAUGGUGAUCACGCGCCUAAGCAAACUGUGCGGUUCAAGGUGCACGACCCGAAGGCACACAGCAAAGGUGGAACCCUAGAAAACACCAUAAAUGGUAGAGCCGACGAGGAAGCUGCACCCGCGCCACAACAUCUCAUUCAUCCUGGAAAAGACAUUAGCAAACUUUAUGGCAUAACGCCAUCAGACAUCGACAAGUAUUCCCGCAUCGUAUUCCCGGUGUGCUUCGUCUGCUUCAACCUGAUGUACUGGGUCAUUUACCUGCAUAUAAGUGACGUAGUCGCGGACGACCUGGUGCUGUUGAAGGAGGCGAAGUAGAGCACGGGGACAUCGGCUGGUGUUGUUUUAUGGCGGCUCGUAGCGACGAAUGAACGGAUUUUCAUGGGGAAAAGAAAGAUGAACGGAACUCGCACGAGAAUAAUAAAAACAUUAAUGGACGUAAACGACGAUAUUAUAAUAAUUAUUAUUAUUAAUUAUAAUAUUAAUAUUAUCGUUACUAUUAAUAUUAUUAUUAUUAUUAUGAUUAUUAUUAAUGAAACAACAACGUGCUCGAAAAUGUGCGAGUUCGUCAACGGCCAUUUCCUCAAAUUCUGGUACGAAUUUCCAGUAUCCGUUCUCGUCGCAUCGAAUCGCUGUUAUUAUUAAAAAAAAUUACGAGAGAACUCUUCCUUAUUAUUAUUAUUAUUAUUAUUAUCAUUAUUAUUAUUAUUAUUAUUAUUAUUAUUAUUACUACGAAAUAUUUAAUUAAUAUUAAACGCGAGACUCGCGUGCGUGAAUAUACAAAGGAAAGAAAAGAAAAGGAAAGAAAAUGAAAUAUAAAAAGAAAAUAUAAACGUGCAUUAAAAUUAUAAUAAUAUUCGCGAAUGAAAACAUCACACGUUUACUAACUACUAACUACUAACUACUAAAUACUAACUACUAACUAAUACUACUACGUAUAUGCAUUUAAAAUAAAAAAGAGAUAGAAAAUAAAAUUCGUAUUAAAGAGAUGAGAUAAGAAAGAUAACAGAGAUGAAUAAAAAAAAAGGGUGCAGAAACGAACGAUAAGGGAUGAAAAAUAUUAUACGCAAAGCGUUAUAAUAUUAUAAUAAUACACGAAAGAAUAAAAUAUAUAUGAAUGAACAAAUUUUGCAAUACCCGACAAACAUUUCGAACAUUAUUUAAGUAAAUAGAGGAAACGUUUACGAUCUUUCACAACUUAAAUAAGUGAACGAAAAUACAAAAAAUAAGAAGAAGAAGAAGAAAAUACAAACGCGUGAUAAUUACAUGCACAUAUUAUAACAUGCUCAUCAUUAAACAUACCUUAUAAAACAUUGCCAGUAUAGGUAAAUUCUCUUUAGGUUUUCAACGAUGAAACAAAAAAGAAAAAGAAGAAGAAGAAAAAAAAAAUUCUAAUAAAAUAAGGGAGACCUUCGAUAUACAUAUAUACAUAUAUAAAACACAAAGUAUAAAUAUAUAUAUAUAUAUAUAUGUAACAAACUUGUCAAUUUAGCCAUCAUUAUAAAAUAGUAAUGUUAAUUAACGAUAAGAGACAAAAAUGGGAAAAAGAAAAUGAAAGAACGAGAGAAAGAGAGAAGAAGAAGAAGAAGAAGAAAAAAGCUUCAAAUAUCGUCGGCUCGGAGCAACGUACCAUAAACGGGAUCCAUCUUCGGGGAACUAAGGGGGAGAAGACGGGUAAAGUAAAAACAAAACCAAGAAUGAAAUUGGACUAUCGUAAAGAUCGAACAGAUCAAAAGAUAAUAUCAAAGGAAAAAUUAUAUUUAUAUCAUCGAUCUCUCUCGUUUUUUUUGCUGACAUUCGGAAAAGAAGAGAAAGAAGAAAAAUCGGCUACGACUAAAUACACAUACAUAAAUACACACAUACAGACACACAGACACGAUUCACGUACACUCGUCGUACAUGUAUACUCAUACACGUUCAUAGGACAAUUAUUAAUAUACCCAGCGCGUUUUUAAUUGGUAGAAUGUAUUGCGAGAUAAUAGAUGCGAGGAAUCGAUAUUCAAAAAUUAUACGAAUUACGUUGAAACGUAAUUGAAAUGAUCUGAUAGAUCUAUUAUUAAAUUUGCAAAAUAAUUUAAUCUCGUUAAAAGAAUAAAGUGGUAGGGGUGAGGGGGAUGAGGAGAGGGAUCGGUCCAACGAUUCGUAGUUCAUUGAAAAAAGAAAAUCGACAAAAAAAACCACGCGGAAAAAUUGUUUUCUAUGGUUUUUCCUAAUUACCGGAAUUUAAAUUGGAAA